AUGUCUUCGCAAAUCCCCCGUCCCGCUUCGACUACCACGAACUCGUCGACCUCGACCUCUUCUACCUCGACGACCCGGCAGUUCUCGGGCAGCAUGGACGCUUACACCCUCUCCAUGUACGAGCAUACGCAGCGGCUUAUGGCUGCGGCACAGAUCCCGUACACCAGCCCCCUGAGCAUCACGUCUCCUGGCGAGCGAGCGCCCUCCGGAACCAGCUCCGUGGUUGUGAGGAACGGUGUCCCGCAGCUUCAGUCCGGCAGCCUUCCUGCUUUCGGUUCGAGCUGA